GGCGCACCGUCACGCAUUCUUCCAUCAUUCAUCGCAUACACCAGGUCCCUCGCUGACACCAUGGGCAAAUCGCAGAGCAAGCUCUCUCCAGAACAACUGGCCGAUCUUCAGAAGAAUACCUACUUCGACAAGAAGGAACUCCAACAGUGGUACAAAGGCUUCCUUAAAGACUGUCCUUCGGGCCAGCUGGACAAGAACGAGUUUAGCCGGAUUUACAAGCAAUUCUUCCCAUUUGGCGAUCCCGGUGAAUUCGCAGACUACGUCUUCAACGUGUUUGAUGAGAACAAAAACGGGACGAUCGAUUUUAAGGAGUUCAUAUGCGCUCUAAGCGUCACAAGUCGUGGCCGUCUUGAUGAGAAGCUCAAAUGGGCUUUUCAGUUGUAUGACAUAGACAAGGACGGAUUCAUCACAUACGAUGAAAUGCUCAUGAUAGUCCAAUCCAUUUAUAAGAUGACGGGGCAAAUGGUGAAGCUACCUGCAGAUGAGGACACGCCAGAAAAGCGCGUGGACAAAAUCUUCAGAAAUAUGGAUAGGGACAAGGACGCGAAGCUAACGUACGAUGAGUUUGUCGAGGGCAGCAAGCAGGACCCCACAAUCGUUCAGGCCCUAUCGCUAUAUGACGGACUGGUGUAGGACUAGACAACAGACUUUCGUAUGAUACCCUUCUUCUACGGCUCGCGGGUGCGGGUGCUGCUAGAUAGGAGGAAAGACGGUGGCUCUGACCACAUAAAUAUCCUCCUUCCCGCCCAUCUGAAUCGAUGUACAAACCCCCCAUUGGUGUAGCGGUAUCUCACUUUAUUAUCGUGUACUUAUCACAAAAAUUAGCAUUAGGAAUCAUCGCCACUCAAAAUGUGGACGACGAAGAUAAUUUGCCAUAUUUACGUAGCACUCGUUCUUCUAUAUCCUCUCCUGUCCAUCGGUAUGUGCCUUCGGCGAAAUCGAGGUUAUCGCGCUCGGUUUUGAAUAACUUGUUAACGUCCUGUGGCUGCCCCGGAGCCAUCAUGGCACCGGCACCGGCAAAAGGAGUUGCGGUCAUGUCCCGAGAAGAGUCAGCAGAAUUGUCCCCACCAAGGAUCAGGCGGUAAAGUCCAUUCAAGCCGAAAAAGUUCAGAAAGUACCAUGACAAAGAGGACACCCAUCGAACAUCCAUGUCUGUCGUUUCAACACCACGCUGUAGCAUUGACUUGAAUCCGAGAGUAAGAGGGAACGGGAGUUUGAUGAGUACGAAGCCCUGGAAGAAGAAGUUGAUCCAGCCCAUGAUGACCAUUUGGGGUACCAUCAUGACCAUCUGCGUUUUCAUACCAGCCAUCAUGCCAUCCAUGGCUGCCGGAUCGGAGAGGGGAUUGGGCGCUGCUGAAGGCGCAUCGCCUUUUGGAGGACCGUCUUUUAGGUACGCCCCAGCUUUAAAUGCGUCAGAGAGAUGCUGCGACAUGUUCUUGUAGAUAGAUGGUGGCAGCGGGGAUGCUAUGGAAGUUGCACGAAGAAUUUGGGCGCGCGUCAAAGCACGCCUGAACAAGAAUGAACGAAUGAUAGUUAGCGCUGGUGGGACAAGUACACGUACUGCUCGCGAAGGGCAGCUCUCGAAAGUUUCUUAGGAGUAGACUGGAGGAGGACCACGAUAUAGUGGCGGAGUACACCAACCAAUACCAUGACGAGGGUAAUGGGAAACAAUACCCAGUCCCUCAUCUGAGGGUCUAGGUACAGUGACAUGGCUGCACUGUCUGCCAUGCUGGACAUUUCUGGUGAGGGAGGACGUGCGCGUCGACGUACC